CAUACAGCUUGUGCUGUGCCAUCGUAUGCGUGCAUUGAGUGGCGAAAAGCGAUUCAUUGGUAACACAACUGCUGUUCACAACUGUUUAAUGCGUUUUGAAAUCCAUUUCUCUAUUAACCACUCAUUCAUUGGACGCGCGUUUCGGUCGAUCACACGUACGGACCCAUCGGAUCACCCGAAGACUCCGGAGCUAUUUCAUCACCUGUUUGUCGAUUAUCUGCCACUCAAUGGGACGCCAUGCCGUGAGGAGUUCCUGAGGCAUGAGUUGCCGCCAAACACCAAACCCGACGCUCUGGUGUUUGUCUGUAAGGCCACACGAGAGGCGUUCCUCACAUACGACGAGUUCUUCGAGCGGCAAAUACUGUGCUCAUCGAUGGUGUGGACGUGCGCUACGAGCGGACGGACGGGUCUGACGUACGGCGAGGCCCUCGAGUCGGAGCGGGCGAGCGCUGAGACCCUACAGGCGUUCCCGACGGCCCUACAGAUCCCGAGCCUAUUCCUCGUGCGAUACCUGCGCGAGACGUCCAUCAACGCCAUCGUCGAUAUGAUCUAUCAGUUCAUAAACAACAGGUAUUUCAUGGCCGAGGAUAUUGAGAUCAUUGUGAACACCAAACGGAAAAUGAAGGGAAAGGUGUUUCGAGUGAUACCUCCGACGCCAUCGGAGGUCACGGCCGACGAGAGGGACAACCGUGAGAUCAGCUCCAAGAGCUUCGGCGUAAACCCGGCGCUCUAUAAGUACGAGCUGAUCGACGGCGAGCGCCGGCGGCAUAUAAUGGGCGCCGAACGGGUGACCCGUGCGAAGGGUCUCAUCACAAAAGAUAAGCUGAAGCUAUAUCUGAAGCAACAUUUGGUGCAAACGAAACGCACGGACCCGUGGACUGUGAGCGCCGACACCCGGCAGUCGAUGAACCUGUCGGUGAUCUCGUGGGACAACAUGUUCGCCGGUCCCGAACCCAACUUCGCGGACCAGACGAUGAUUGUCAAGACGUUUAAUAAGGAUAAGCAUAAAGCGAUACUCGACUCGAAGCGCGGGUCAGCACCGGGAGUGUCGCGGACACCGAUCGCCAGUUCCUCGCAGAAGUUGGCGCCGAAGAGCGGCAACAAAAAGAGUGCGGAAAAGGCGGCGAAGACGACGACGACUGCGAGCAAAGAGGCGCCGAAACAGACGGCGAAGGAGAGGGAAAGGGAGCGGAAGCUGAGGCAACGGCUCCUGGAGAGGGAACAGAAGCGUCAGUUCGAGGAGAAUAUGAAAGAGUGGAACACGAAGAGGGAUGACUUGGCGUGCGAUGACUUGCGGCCACUGCCAGAGGCCACGCCACUCAAGUGCGGUAUACCUGUGGACCUGUUCGGCGCCACUGUGGCCGUCAUGGAGUUCCUCCACUGUUUCGACGCCUUAAUCGAUUUGAGGCCUAUUUUCCCGUUCGGCGUGACUCUGGAGCUCAUGGAGCAGAUCGUGACGGACGUGGACAUCAACGGCCCAUACGGCGAUCUCGUGAAAGUGUUGGUCACUACGAACCUGACGUUACAGCGGGAGGACGAGGAGGUGGCGCAGGACAGGGAUGACAGUAGCGAUGAUGAGGGCGACGAGUCGUCGAAGCCUACCACCGAUGACGACAAGAAUGAGAUGAUCGAUGGCGACAAGAAUGCGGUGUAUUAUUACAAUUGGAUUCAAAUGCAUUUCGGCGUACAGUUGUCUCAACUGAGUUUGGAUCCGUUGAACAUCACCGAAGUCUUGAGACUGUAUUUGUUGUCAUCGGGCGGCGGACCGCAGCCGCGCUCUAAAUACCGGGGUCUCUAUCAGACGCGAGAGGAUCCCAGCGUGGAGUUUGUGGCCAAGAAUGGCGACAUUCUCGAGACACUAGAGUUGGGCUCCAUUUUCGACUUAAAACCCGCGGAACGGCUGCAAGUGUUGGAUGUGUUGGUCCUGCAGUUGAUGUCGUACUUCGAGUUCAGGGACCGAAUCGACGACUCCUUCGACGAGAUGUCGAAACUGAGGAAAAAGAUUCGCGACAUUCAGACGGAGUUUAAUAAGUGGACGAAAGACAACUCAUUGAAACGGCUGUCCGUUAAGGGCACAGACGGCCAGAACAACGAGAGCGCGUCGGCAGCGAGCGUCCCGACGCCGGAACAGCUCGAAGAGUACCGCAAAGAGAAGGCCCACAAAGAGGCGGAUAUGUCGAGGAGUUGCGGCGAUAUUAGGGCCCAAAUACGGCGCCUACAGGCCUGCUAUGGGCCCAAACCUAUCGGUCAGGACCGGGCGUUCAGGAAGUACUGGCUCUUCGAGUCACUCCCGGGUCUGUUUGUGGAGCACUCAAAGCCGAACACUCAGUACACGGAUAUGCCGUUCGGGCCGUGCCUUCCGGAGCCCACGCCUAACAAGUCGCUGAAGCCGAGGGACAGUACGUCCGCCGAUAACAAGAGGGAGUCCUCGCAGUCGAGUCUCAGCGACGAUAUCUCCACCACAAGUGAUAAGGAGAACGACUCGAAGUCGGCUUCGGAGACCUAUGCCAAGGAUACCGGCGCCGCGCGACGACAUUCAGCGAAACUGUCGGUGUUUGACAAGUGCACGGCUAACAUGACUACCUGUGCCGUCCACGGGCUGACCACAAGUAGCCGUUUGGCCACCGAAUGGCAGUUCUACUACUCGACGGAACAGUUGACGGAUUUAGUGGAGAGUCUGAACUGUCGGGGCUUUCGCGAGAGUGAACUCAUAUUCGCGUUGAAUAGAGACCGGCAUAUCGUCGACGAGUACGUGAAUGGGUGUCAACCGCAUCGCCUGAACCGCGACAUACCGGCGCCGCCGGAGGGCCGCCGCUCGCAACGCAUACAACAGGUGUUUCACUCGCGGAAAGGCGGCAAACACUCAAACGUCGGGUUGGGUUACAGCGAGUGUAUCGUGAAGUCGAUGCGCGACUAUUUGUUUCAUUUGGAGGAACGGGUGGUGUCGGCGAGUCUGGCGGUCGUGAACCCCGUGUUGCGCGAGGAGUGGCAACGGGUUGUGGACGGGGAGGGCGCUAACGGCGCGAAACAGACACUCAUCGAGCGCUACGCGAAGGCUAUACUGAUGUUAAGACAGUGCGUGCGACCCAUGUGUCUGUCGGAACAGCUCAGUGACGACAGCCCGGUGUUCAACAGUUGGCGUCAGAGUCUCCGUGAGUGCGCCAGUAUGUCGCAGCUGUUCGUACACCUGUCGGCGCUCGAGUUGGGCAUCAAUUGGUGUAAGAGUGCGCUGAAGGCCUUCUGCAAGAUAUGUCGGCGCAAAUGCGACGCCGAAAACAUGCUGUUAUGCGAUCAGUGCAACCGCGGACACCACACCUACUGCCUCCAGCCGGCGCUCGAGUCGAUACCGGCCGGCGAGUGGUUGUGUCCCGAGUGUUGUCCCAAAUUCAAACCGCAGACCCCGAAGAAGGGUAAGCACGUGGUGGUUGUCAGUGACGAUAGCGAUGGCGAAGAUACUCGAGACUCGGAUGACGAUAAUGAC